UGUGUUUGUUUGUUUGUUUCAGGUGAUGAAGGACCAGACCCUCCAGAGCAGUUUACAGCGUUCAAGUUGUCAGACACAAGAAUAGCCUUGAAGUCUGGAUAUGGCAAGCAUUUGGGUAUCAACUCGGAGGGUUUGGUCGUGGGACGCUCAGAUGCCAUCGGCUCCAGGGAACAAUGGGAACCCAUUUUCCAGGAUGGCAGACUAGCUCUCCUGGCAGCAAAUAGCUGCUUCAUCUCCUACAGUGACAGUGGGGACAUCGUGGCAAAGAGCAAAACAGCAGGAGAUGAUGAGAUCGUGAAGAUCCGAUCAAAUGCAGAGCGAGAGGUCAAGCAUAAAGACGACAUUGCAGCUGAGGACCGUGGCAAUGUGAAAUCCUGUGAGGUCAAUUACGUGAAGCAGUUCCAGAGUUUCCAGGACCAAAGGCUCCGGAUUAAUGAGGAAGACACUUCUGUACUGAAGAAAGCCAGAAUGGAUGGAAAGUUUCAUGAAACUUUGCUGGACAGGAGAAGCAAAAUGAAAGCAGAUAGAUACUGCAAGUGAAGAGAGAACUGUGUAAAUUGUCAAGUCUUUGUAAAUAUCUUCAUUUUAUAGAUUUGGAAAGCUGAUCUCACAUGUAAUGAACCGUGUGGUUUUCAUGUAUGAUUUGAAUAAAUAUUACAUUAUGACAAUAA